AUGACGGCAAACAUCCUAGCUAUCCUGACAUUCGUAGUCGCACUGGCCGUGGGAUUCUAUGCUCGUGCUUCCUGGCUCAGAAACAAGCUCCAGGCCGACAUGCAAUUUCUGGACCAUCUCAAAGCCGUCUACUUCAUCUUACGAGAUACAUCGCUGCUGGAAUCGGAUACGGAGUUCUAUGGGACGAGAGAGGGCGAGAUACAUGUCCGACAGUUAUAUGCCAGAUUGUUCCUCCUGUCGGAGAAAAUGCUACAAUUCUCGCGACUCUCGAUAGCGAAGAGGGUCAGCACGGCGACAGAACAUUUUGAGUUCACGAGUCUCGAAAUUCGUAAUGUGGAGAGGCUUUUGGAUAGCUUGCGGUACCGACAGUUGCGAUCCAAGCUAUUCGAGAUAUCUCAAACAAUGAAAUCGUGCGAACGUGAAAUAUCCGAACUUCGAAAUCAAGCAGACCGAGCACCCACUGCGAAUGGGCAAGUCCAUGAGAGGACCGAACCCUCAAUAUCGAUCAAGAAUAGUCAACUACCCACCAAACUUGGCAAAAUGAACCUUACAACCAUGGAGACUCCGGUGUUUCGCACCAACCUACCCACCGAACCGAGCAUCUUCUCCCAAGAGUUCCGUGCCUUUCAGCACUCAAUGAGCCGAAGUCGAGCAUUGAAACCGCAACUACAGGGUCUUCAGUCCCUGUUUGACCUUGCCGCCUGCCUCGAAGACGAAAGGGAUAGGGUCCUCGAGCGACUACAGAAGCUUGGCUUGGGAGAAGACAGCUUCAAGAUCCUGAGUAUUUCAACGAACAAUGUUUCAUUUCGGUAA